UACCCAGCGCUGCCUCCUCUAUUCACUAUUGCCGAAUGCUGUCAUAUCACUCACCUAAGGGAUCAUCAUCCUGUCUUUUCGCACCGAGUCGAACUACUGCCUAUGUGGUUAGUCAUCUAUCAUCUACUUGAGGCCUUGAUCGUUCUCUUCUCCACAGACAUUGAAAGCCCGUGCUCAAUGCUGUGCUCAAGGCAGGAUUACACUGUCCGCCCUUCAGUUAUCCGCCCUGCCUUUCAGUAAUUCGUGUACGUUCCUACUCAAGUAAGGUUUACCACCUCUUAGACAGCUUGUGAUUCAUUAUCCAACCUUUCAAACUCUGAAUUUUUUGAUUCUUUUUAUCAUUUACAUGUCUCUGCUCAGUACAGAAGGGCGGAUGAUCAGAUUUAUUAAUUCGCAUGUGAUUAACGUUCCAGGGUAUAGCGUACUCUAAAGCAGUUUAACCCAUCCUUAUCGAUACCACGAGAGAGAGAGAUCUUGACGUCGCUGAAUGCUUGACCGGAACAGACAACAUCAGAACAACUUACGUUGUCUGUAUACAACACCAACAACGAGAAGUAAUUAUCAAUAUGGCUCCGGACGAUGAGUCAAAAAAGAGGGUCGCUAGAAAGUCGACGAAGCGAUGGAAAGAAGAACAUCAAGUAGCCAUGGAAAUUCCUGAGCGCUUCCGGGAAGGCGACGAUGAGGACGAGGAUUGCACUGCCGGUCAUGCGCUGAAUAAAUCUGUGUUUGGUAUGAUUGCUGCAGCUAGCUCAAUUGUUGAUUUUAAUGCCAGAUUUGAUGCGCAAUCUAGCGACGAAGAAUAUGAUUUUGGAAAGUCAACCCGGCAAAGUUCCGAAUCGCACAUAAAUCGAAGCAGUAUAGAUCAAAAGACAGGGAAAUUUGAAGGACAUAGAAGACUCAUUUCCGAAAGCAAGAUACUUCGAUCCUUUUCGCGAUUCAGUUCUAGGCCCAAGUCUAAAUCAUCAAACACCAUCGCUAGAGGUAGCCGUACGCCAUCACCACUGCGUGAAUCUCCCCAGGAAUCUACUACGCCUGAGAUAAAAUAUCCACAACUUCAACCAAGGGAUGCACCAGUCAUGAGCAGAAUGUUGGAAGCCCGGGCAGAAUUAUCUUUGCGGCCUAGUUUUGAAAUGCCUCGAAAAUCAAAAGAUCCUGCAGAAGUUGAUGAUGAGAGGCCACCACCGGAUAGUUUAGCAGAGAGGUUGAUGGAGAUUUUCAAGUUUGAAACGCCCGAAGACGUAAUAGAGGGUAGAUUCUACCAUUUUUCCCUCUCAAACGCAUAUGCUAACUACUAUAGAAUAUCCUUGCUGGCUGAUGAAGAGUGUGUUGCUACAAGGUUAUAUGUACAUUACUACUAAGCAUAUUUGCUUCUAUGCAUAUCUACCAAAGAAAGCCGUAUGUUAUUAUCUUGAUCUGUGGUUGGCAAACUAACAAUUAUAUAGAAUGAAGUCGUCAAAUCAGGCUAUCUUUCAAAAUCUGGUCGACAUAACCCAAAGUACAAUAGAUAUUGGUUCCGGCUAAAAGACGACGUUCUUUCAUACUACACCAACCCAUCGGAUUUAUAUUUUCCAAGUGGUAAUAUUGACUUGAGGUACGGGAUUUCGGCAAGCAUUGCGGAAAAAGAGAAAGGGAAAGAUUCUACACAUUUCACCGUUGAAACACAUCAACGUAAAUACAACUUCAAUGCGGAUAGUGCCCCUAGCGCAAAAGAAUGGGUUAAAGCCUUGCAAAAAAUCAUAUUCAGGUCUCAUAACGAUGGCGACAGUGUCAAAAUAUCGUUACCUAUCGAGAAUAUUAUCGACAUUGAGGACAGUCGAAUAAUUGAUUUCGCCGAUACCUGCAAGAUACGCAUUAUUGACAACGAUGAGACUUAUGCUAUUGACGAGGUUAGUAACUUAGAGCCAGAGGAAGCAAACUGCUAACGAAUUGUCUAGUACUUUUUCUCUUUCUUUACCAAUGGCAAAGAAGCAUUAAGCGUACUUAAAAUCCUUGUUGGGGAUACGACCGCGCAGAAAAUACCAGGGGAACUUCUUUCCCCACUAUCAACAGCUGGUGAUAGCCGUGGUAGCUCCAAGCGGACAUCAUUUCAAGUGAGCCGUGACCGGAAGCUCCACGGUCCUCCUGUACAAACCAACGCACCAGCCUUGGAAGAAAACGUCCGAGCAACUUUAUCUCCACUACUCGCUCCAGGGGCUGGAAGUCCUGGAAGUCCUCGCGCCAGCACUGACAUGAGCCUCUCAAGCUCAGAUAUCUUUUGUAGGAGCCUGGAUCUCAAUAAGCACGGCCGACGCAGUAUCGACCUGAAUCAGUUAACUACGGAACAUCACAGAAGUAAUAGUGCAAAUAGCAUCAGCACAAGACGUAGCUUGAGUACCAAUCGCUUAAAUCAAGAAAAGCGUACUUCUAAGCAAGGAUCAUCGGAUUCAUAUGUGCAUUCUUUAGAGGAACCCGGGUCAUCCGAGGCUUUGCCAUCAACAAGCGACGAGACUCAAGCAUCGGCUAGUCAGAUACUACGAGGCAGCGAUGUAUUUUUAUCCCCUACCAUACAGCACUCUCCCUCAGUCGUGUGUAACAGAAACAAAGACGAUCUUCAGAGCUCAAAGUCUCGUUCUCUCACAUCCCCGAUAAAGCCCGCUGAUGUUUCACCGACAAGAACUCAGCGGCCACAGCAUCCCAAACACGCCGCAACCACAGGUUCGGUGAGCGACUCGAACGUUGGGCAAGCGGAAAUCUCAUCUGGCCCUUCUUUACAGAGUAUCGUUAAGGCUGGAUCAUACCCUUUACAAAGAGCAGCAGGAUUUGCUGGCUAUCUCAAUAGACACUCCAAAAGAAUGAGCACUUUACUGGCAAGUGAGUCAAUGGGUUAUGUGGAAAAGGUCUCAGGCAUGUGGAAAGGGGGCAAGAAGCACUAUGAGGAACCCCACGGAAUACCACGUGACAAUGAAAUUCCUAGUAUUGGAGACGAUGAUGAUAACCGGGAUGGUGCUACACCCGCCGACAGAUUUCGUGAUCAUUUUGCCUUACCUCCAGACGAGAAGCUCCAUGCCACAUAUUUUGGCUACUUGCAGCGGGUCCUUCCGCUAUAUGGAAAAAUCUACAUUAGUGACCGAUCUUUUUGCUUCCGCAGCCUACUACCAGGCACGCGAACUAAAUUUAUCCUUCCUUUGAAAGAUAUUGAGAACGUCGAUAAGGAGAAAGGAUUUCGUUUUGGAUAUUCUGGACUAGUCAUCACUAUCCGAGGGCACGAAGAGAUUUUCUUCGAGUUCAAUCAAGCCGAGAACCGAGAUGAUUGUGCAAUAACCCUCUUGCAGAAUGUGGAGACAAUGCAGUAUAUGCAAGACUCCGGGCUUUUGACUACGGAUGAGCGCGAAAGCGCAGAGAUGGCCAGUGCUGAACACAGAGCUUUAAGACAGGCACGGCGCGGGAUCCGUUCUGAGCAUGAUAUCGAUUUGCAUAAAGCAGCCGAUGGUGGAUCACAGUCAAUAUCGUUCGAUGAUCCGAGAGCGUCAAUAUUGAACUUCAAGCCAACGGAGCCUCUCCGUAUCACUUGCUUGACCAUUGGCUCUCGUGGUGACGUUCAGCCUUACAUUGCUCUAUGUAAGGGUUUGAUGGCAGAGGGUCAUCAAACAAAGAUAGCUACUCACUUGGAAUUCAAGGAGUGGAUUGAGUCACACGGUAUUGCAUUUGCUCCAGUUGAUGGUGAUCCAGCCGAAUUGAUGCGGAUUUGUGUCGAAAAUGGAAUGUUCACUGUCUCGUUCUUGAAAGAGGCAUCUUCGAAGUUUCGUGGUUGGAUAGAUGAUUUGCUCAGUUCAUCAUGGCGAGCCUGCCAAGAUUCUGAUAUUCUGAUUGAGAGUCCCAGCGCAAUGGCUGGAAUCCAUAUCGCGGAAGCCCUUCGAAUCCCAUAUUUCCGAGCUUUCACCAUGCCAUGGACAAGGACAAGAGCUUAUCCCCACGCAUUUGCCGUUCCUGAGCAUAAGCUUGGUGGUUCUUACAACUAUGUCACCUAUCUUAUGUUUGACACCGUCUUUUGGAGAGCUAUUUCCGGACAGGUGAAUCGUUGGAGACAAAAGGAGCUAAAUCUGCAGGCCACGGGUCUAGAGAAGAUGCAGCCUAAUAAGGUUCCAUUCUUGUAUAACUUCAGUCCUUCAGUCGUGGUACCACCUCUUGACUACAGCGAUUGGAUUCGAGUCACAGGUUACUGGUUUUUGGAUGAAGGAGCAAAUUACACGCCACCCAAAGAUCUCACUGAUUUCAUCGCAAAGGCGCGCGCAGACGGCAAACGGCUAGUGUAUGUUGGGUUUGGAUCAAUAGUUGUGGCAGAUUCUGCAGUUUUGACCAAAACAGUUGUGGCAUCGGUUCUUAAAGCCGACGUAAGAUGCAUUCUGUCGAAAGGAUGGUCAGAUCGCUUAGACAAGAAAGGCGCUAAUAAUGUUGAAAUACCACUUCCACCGGAGAUAUUUCAGAUAAAAUCUGCACCGCACGAUUGGCUCUUUUCUCAGGUCGAUGCGGCGGCCCAUCAUGGGGGCGCCGGCACCACCGGAGCUAGCUUGCGAGUCGGUAUUCCAACGAUCAUUAGGCCAUUCUUUGGAGAUCAAUUUUUCUUCGGUCAACGUGUUGAAGAUUUAGGCGUUGGCAUACUGAUCAAGAAGAUCAACGUCAGCGUCUUUUCGCGGGCUCUCUGGGAGGCCACACAUAGUGAGAGGAUAAUCACAAAGGCUAGAGUUUUGGGCGAACAAAUCAGAAAGGUAUGUCAACAUUCACAUAUGAAACAAGAGUUUCGACUAACGAAUAUUAGGAGAAUGGAGUCGACACCGCGAUUCAGAGUAUAUAUCGAGACAUGGAGUACGCGAAAUCACUGAUUAAGCGCAAAGAAGGAAAGUCGGAUGAUGAUACACUGGAAGAUUCGGAAGAAAGCUGGACAUUCAUUGGGGACGAUACCGACCCGGAACUAAUUAAACGAUUUUAUGAUUGGGAAUCGAUGGCGCACUCAGGGACUUUAAGUGACAAUAAUAUGAUGGCUUGGUCAGGAUCGGAUGCGGCGUUGUCGCCGACCAGAAAGGCGGCUUGACGGUUUUUUGGUUAUACAUAGCGGUGUGGACAGUAUGUGGGAUGGGGUGGAUUGAGUUGGGUUGGGUUGGGUUGGUUUAUUCUGUAUGGUUUUAUCUGUCGGGGUGUUGGAGGUAGGGGAUUUUUACACGGUUUGGUGAUAUCAUGGUGAUGAGGUAAUGAAGGGAUGGCGAUGGGCGAUGGCUACAGAUGACACGGAUGAUAAUAACAAUACUCCACUUUAUUUGUAUUUAGAGCAGAAGAGAAGUGGAGGAUGGCGAAGCGAUGAUUUUACAUAAACAUAGACAUUAGACAGCUUAUAGGUUGAUGAGAGAUGAUAUUAUUGUCUAGU